AUGGAGGCCGCCAAGAAGUUUCACCAUCCAUACGAGCCCUACGACAUCCAGCUUCAGUUCAUGCGCACGCUAUACGAUUGCAUCGAACAAGGCAAAGUCGGUAUAUUCGAGUCUCCGACUGGUGAGGAUCUUCCAUUACAACCUAGAUUGAGCGGUAAAUCUCUGAGCCUGGCAUGUGGCUCUUUGACAUGGCUACGCGAUCACAAGAGAAAGGAGUUUGAUGAGAGUAUAGCUGCUAUCGAAGGAGAACUUCAAGAUGACGAUGAACCAGAAUGGAUGGUUCAACAUUCUCGAGAAGAGAAGAAGAACCAAGUUGUUCAAGCACGAGCAGAGCUAGAAGUAAAACUCGAAAAGAUCCGUCAACACGAACGUAAGAUCCGAGACAGACAGGAGAAUGGUCCACCAUUGACCAAGAAACGCAAACUCGACGACUCUGGCAACGAUGUCGAUGCUGUUGACGAUGAGCAAUUCGCCCUCGAUGAAUACGAGAGUGAUGAUGAAGGCAUCAAAUCCAAAGCCACUGGAGGAGAUGCAGCUCUGGGACUGUCAAAAGAAACACAAGCACUAAUGCAGAAGCUUGGAUAUGGUCUUUCUGCCCUGCCGAAAGCAGAAGAUGUCGAAGCAGAAGAUGAGCUGAAGAUCUACUUUUGCUCACGCACGCAUUCUCAGCUCUGUCAAUUUGUCAACGAACUGCGCAGAAUCGACUUGCCCGCUGCUAUCCCCGCAGUGCAAGAAGAAGUCAAGAAAAAGGCGUCACUUCACGAGGAGUUGAAGCAUCUUUCCUUGGGCUCGAGAAAGAACCUUUGCAUCAAUAGCAGAGUCUCUUCUUUGAAGACUGUGACUGCAGUCAAUGAGAAAUGUCUGGAGUUACAGGACGCAAAGACACCGAAAGAGAAGAAGUGUCAGUUUAUGCCGAACAAGGAGAAUGAAGGCACGGUGCUUGAUUUCCAGCAUCAUGCUUUGGCGAAGAUACGGGACAUUGAAGAUCUGGGUGCUUUGGGCAAGAAGUUGGGUGUGUGUCCUUACUAUGCCACUCGUCCGGCAGUCAAGCCUAGUGAGAUUGUCACGCUACCAUACCCACUUCUCCUCCAAAAGACAGCCCGAGAAGCGCUAGGUCUAUCGCUAAAGAACCACAUCGUCAUCAUCGAUGAAGCACACAAUCUCAUGGACGCAAUCUCUGGCAUCCACACCGUAGAAGUCAGCUUGCAACAACUUCAACUCGCCCGCGCUCAACUAACCACAUACCUGCAACGCUUCCGCAACAGACUAAAAGGUAAGAAUCGUGUCUAUGUCACUCAAGUGGUGCGUUUGCUCGACUCCAUCACCACUUUCUUGCAAGCACUGGAUCACAAGGAAGGAGGUGAAGGCGUUGUGCAAGCUACUGAGCUACUCAAAGGCAAAGGUGUAGAUCAGAUCAAUCUUUAUAAAUUAAUGCAUUACUUGCAGGGAAGCAAGUUGGCUAGGAAAGUCGAAGGCUAUGUUUCUCUGGAACAGCAGAAACAGCAAGGGCUGAAUAAUACAGGUGCUGGAAAGGAAGUUACGGUGCCGGUGCUUACGCAUAUCACGAAUCUGUUUAUGGUAUUGACGAAUCCGGCCAGAGAAGGUCGAUUGUUCUAUACGGCUGCAGAAGACAAGACGCAGACAAAGGUCAAGUACAUGUUACUAGACCCAUCCGAGCACUUUCGCGAAAUUGUCGAGGAAGCAAGAGCAGUGAUCUUGGUAGGUGGAACCAUGUCACCCAUGUCAGACUACCUAACUCAACUAUUCCCCUACCUCGACAGCACACUCAUCACAACCCUCUCCUGCGGCCACGUAAUCCCAACCUCCAACCUCUUCGUCAGCCCCAUAACUUGCAGCCCCCAAAACACCGACCUAAACUUUACUUUUGCAUCCCGAAACUCGACGAGUACAAUAACAGCAUUGGGAGAAAGUAUACUCAGACUUUUACCGCACAUUCCACACGGCUGUGUAGUUUUCUUCCCCAGCUACGCCUACCUCGAAAAAGUUGUUUCUCACUGGCAGGCCACCCCCUCCCCCUCUACACAAUCCCUCUGGUCACGUCUGCAGGGCAUAAAACCUCUAUUCAAGGAAUCUCAAAAUACAGGGACUGAAGAACUACUCUCUGCCUAUACUUCUUCCGUAAGCGAUACUGCAGAUGGGGGAGCGCUUUUGUUUGCAGUAAUAGGCGGAAGAUUAAGUGAAGGGAUUAAUUUCUCGGAUAGGCUGGGGAGAUGUGUGAUGGUCAUUGGGUUACCCUAUGCAAACCCAAAUACUGCAGAACAAAAGGCAAAAUUGGCUUAUGUGGAAGAAAAAGCUGCUGCUGCUGCUGCUGCUGCUGCUUCUGCUUCUGCUGCUGCUUCUGCUUCUGCCUCUGCAACCUCUGCCUCUGCCUCUUCCACUGCAUCCACGUUUUCUGGAGGAAGGAUGGUAACAGGGGCAGCAGCGAGAGAAUACUCAGACAACGCGUGUAUGCGUGCUGUCAAUCAAGCGAUUGGAAGAGCUGUGAGACAUAAAGGGGAUUGGAGUGCCAUCUUACUGUUUGACACUAGAUAUGCUCAGAAAAGGAUACAGGAGAAAUUGCCUGGGUGGAUAGAAGCGAGUCUAGGGGAUGGGAGUAGGGCUCGAGGGUUUGGAGAGGUGGAAGCAGGUCUGAAAGCUUUUUAUGCUGGAAAAAAGGCAGAGAACUAG